AAACUCCCAAAUUGUCCUUUUCCUUCAUUUACUACCUCCUCGGAAUUUUCUCACUAACCAAACAGCCGAGGGUUUUGAAACGAGAACAAGCAGAUCAAAGCGAGGACUGAAUAUGAAUUCUCGUAGUAUUUUGGUUGCAGAAUCAGUGUGGAGAGACAUUGAAUCGACUCGUUCAGUAAGCGACGACCAGCUCUCAAUCUUGCAUUUUUUGUUCGCUAAGAACUUUGAGCGGGCAACUAGGAUAGUGGAUCAACGAGGUGUGAAGAGGAUUUCUGGUGAACCUAGUGGGCGCUCCAUAUUUCAGGUUAUGGGUGAAUCUCGGACGAAGGAGGAAUACUUCUGUUUCGCAGAGCACUAUUGUGCUUGUUAUUCCUUUUUCUACGACAUUGUAAAUAGAGGAGAACAGCUUUGUUGUAAGCAUCAAUUAGCUGCAAGACUUGCAGCAUCACUAGGUGCUUGCAUCGACGUUAAGGUGUCCGACAAGCAACUAGCUCUUCUUCUUUCCAAGCUAUGACUAUUUCUGAGAGGCUAAAUUUGCAUUUGGAACCAAGAUUAGAACCUGAAGAAGCUAUCAUUGGCGUUUUCGUAACCUGUAAUCAGCUCCAAUCUUUACCGCUGAAAAAGGCCUGUGAAAUGGUGAACGCGUGACCAACUUGGUUUUUGCUAAUAUGGAUAGAAGGAAAACUGAAGUGGGUUUUUGAUUCAUGGUAUGAAUUGUUCCUGGUUCAUGGUACGAAUUUCAAAGACUGUUAAUUCACUGGAACUGAUCAGUUAUUCCAGCCUAAAUAUCACUUGCUAUUAAGUAGGAAAGCAAUGCUCUUUGUAAUCACAGUUACAGUACAACAUAGUACUUCCAUUUCUUACUUUAUGCACAGUUGGGAUGUGUAAACAAAGUUGUACUUCGUCCUUCUAUUGUGUACAUAAUUGCUGAGGUCUUGUAUCUUUCAAAUGCAACAUAGUUGCCCUUCUUGGUUGAAUUGGAAAAUUUGUCCUCCCAAAGGUGACUGAAACAAUUUGUAACCCGUUAUAGUUACACCUAAUAUGAUCCAUUAAAUAUUUCCAUAA